AUGGAAUCAGCUUUGUUUGAAUGGUUUAAACAAAAACGUGCUGAAGAGAUUCCUAUCUCUGGACCGAUGGUUUGUGAAAAAGCUAAGUGGUUUCACGAAAGGUUGAAUAUUGAUGAACCAUUUGGAGCUUCACAGGGUUGGUUAUUUAGAUUUAAAAACCGGCAUGGGAUUAGACAAUUAGACAUUCAAUGCGAAAGUCUAAGUGGCGAUUUAACAGUUACUACAGUUUUCAAUGAGGAAUUUGGUUCAUUGAUCUCAAAAUUAAACUUGUCCCCCGAUCCAAUAUACAACGCAGAUGAAUCAGGACUCUUUUGGAAAAUGUUACCGUCGAAAACAUUAGCUGCGCAGUGUGAAAAGUCAGCUCGUGGACAUAAAUCUAAUAAGGAAAGGCUCACUGUCAUGACAUGUUCAAAUGCAUCGGGUACACACAAGCUAAAACUAACAGUGAUCGGGAAAGCUAAAAAACCACGAUCGUUCAAAGGAACAGACGUGAAAAGACUUCCGUGUAACCAUUACAGCCAUCCAAAAGCUUGGAUGAAUCAGGCUAUUUUCAAAGAAUGGUUUUUUCAAGAUUUCGUGCCAUCUGUGAAGAAAUUUCAGGAAGAAAAUGGACUUCCAAAGAAAGCUGUUCUCCUACUUGACAACGCUCCUAGUCACCCAUCAGAAUCUACCCUGAAAACCGAGGAUGGGCUAAUUUUUGUCACCUACCUUCCUCCUAACGUCACAUCAUUGAUACAACCAAUGGACCAGGGCGUCAUUUCUUCCUUAAAACGGAGGUAUAAAAAGAUUUUUCUCCGUUUCCUUCUCCAAGAAAAUUGUGUCGAUUCAAUGAAGGACCUCCUCAAAAUGUGGACAAUAAAAGAUGCCAUUUUUGCUGUUUGUGAUGCGUGGGAAAACUUGCCAUCGAGUACAUUAAGACUUUGCAGGGCAAAAAUUUUGGACCAAGAAUAUGGGGAAGAAGACAACAUGGAUGAGCACGAUGAUCUCCAAAAAGAUGAAAAUGAGGAGGGGUUUGAAAUCCAAACUGAUAGUGACAUUGUAGCGCAUUAUCUUAGUAGUGAUACACCAUCUACUUCUCAACUGCCUGAUUCGGAGGAGAUUGAUAGUGACACAGACAAUUGUUUUGGUCCGACAGAAGAGAAAAUUCAACCAACAAAAGCAAUGGAAGCAAUUGAUAUUCUUCUGAAUUUUUGCGAGCAGGAAAAUUUUGAUUUAAACGACGUCAUCAGUCUCAGAAAAAUCAGGACCGAGGUGAGAAAAGUUAUUGCCAACCGUAAAAAACAAAAACUGAUAACAUCUUAUUUUCGACCUAUGUAA